AGAGAGACAGAGAGAGAGAGAGAGAGGAAGAGGCUGGUCUUUCAUCACUGCAGCUACCCUUUCAGAAGCCACUACCCCCAGGCCCCACCAUUGUAAAACGAUUAAAUCUACCGCUGGUUGGUCGGCAGUUUCCUGGCCGGGUAGAGCAUCGCGGAGAUGGCGAGAAGACAUGUCGUGUGGCUGGGUCUCACCAUCGUGGUGUUGGGACGCCUCUCCCCGGGUGUAGAUUCUGGAGCCAGCACUCAAGGGACAAAUACUUCGGAUGAAAUUCCUGUUACCAACAUUGCUCCAACAAUCAUCACCACCGAUACAUUGCACGUCAAUUACUCAGAUGAAGCGAGUUCCCAGUCCCCCACAGCAGUUUUCACUGACACAUGGAACACGUCAACACGAGCAGAUGAAGCGAGUUCCCAGUCCCCCACAGCAGUUUUCACUGACACCUGGAACACAUCAACACCAACAGAUGAAGCGAGUUCCCAGUCCCCCACAGCAGUUUUCACUGACACCUGGAACACGUCAACACCAACAGCUGUAAGAAGCCCCGACAUCCCAAUCACACGCAGACCCAUCGGAGCUACAACCACCACUAAGGACCGGAUCACAGCCAAGAAAGGUGCAAAGUACACAAUUCCUGACAAUGCGGAGAGGUUUGAAUACGAUUACAGAAGUCUGAGGAUGUGGGGACUGGUGAUUGCCUUCAUCCUCUUCACUGUCGGCAUUCUGGUUCUGUUCUUGGACAGAUUGCGAAUACCUCGAUGCUCUGGUUGUAAAACAGGAAGAAAGCAUGGGAAGUAUUCCAUUUCUACUGAGGCUUAGACACACACACCCCGGGAACCUGACCUGUCUCCUGGGAACGGCUGGAGAAUCAUCCCGUUACUUUUUAUACUUUAACUGAAGCAGCUGUCAGAUUCCUGUGGGGAGAGAUUACAGACUCCUCCAACACCGACUCGCACUGGAUCAAAACUCAAUAAACAGCUUACAAUUC